AUGUCGAGCGACCAGAGGUUCAUCAAUCUGGAGCCAACAUGGAGGGGGUACGUUGCCACGACAAGGGACGCCCUAAUUCUCUUUCAGUUAAGCGCCGAUAGUCGUCUACACCACGUUCCGCGCCGACCUCACGACAAAGAGCGUGCCGAAUUGAUCGUGAGCGGCAACACGUUCAUCUACGAGGAGAGUUCAUCGGGGAUAAAGAGGUGGACGGAUGGGUUCAACUGGAGCCCAAGCCGUAUCCUGGGGAAUUUCCUCAUAUACCGCGAGUUGGAGAAAGCAUUCGCGCCGGGCGAGAAGAAGAGGGCAAUGAAAAAGAAUAAGAACGGCAUCACCAAGCUGGCGGACAGGCGUGCCUCAAACGGGAGCGAGCUGCCGAACCUGUCCCAGACCCAUCCCGAUCUUGAUCGCGGCUUGAUCGGCUCCCUCGUCGACUCGUAUCCCUUCAAGGAGAAUGGGCUGAUCAAGAAGACGAUCAGCAUUAUCUGGGAAGGAUCACCCCACCACCUGGUAUCUUACUACAACAUUGAUGAUGUCAAGAGCGGCAAACUGCUGCCAAUAUCGCAGAUAGAGGAGUACAGGAACUUUAUGCCACCCACCGAAAUCAUAGCGGCCCAGAGUUUCCGGGUCCCACUU